AUGUCGAGCCUGUUGGAGAACCCUCUGCAGGCAGUGCUCUACCUGAAAGAGCUGACCACCAUCGUGCAGAACCAGCAGGGUCUGAUUCAGACCCAGCGGCGGCGCAUCGACACGCUGGAAGGCAGGUUAAAAGACCUGGCAGGGGAAAACCGAAGGCUGCUUGACGCUACACACUGGCACCCGACUCGGCCCCGUGUGCCUCCGCGCACAUCCUCCGCUGUGGUCAGCAGAGACAGGACUCCCCCUCCUCAAACCGAGCGUCAUGCACCACAGGACAUGCAGCUGGUGCCCGCUGUGCCCACUAGUGCCAACACGGAGGAUGCACACGAAGAUUCGCGCUGUCGGUCUCUUGUACCACAGAGGUCCACCACUAUAUGUCGGUCUGGUCCGAGGCACUCAGAGAGUCAGACUGUCCUGCACCAGUUCUGCUGCCCAGCUCCUGAAGCUCCUGAAAGUGAUUCCACUGGCUGCUCCAGCAUUUCAGUCCAUGCACUUGAAGGAGCCGACAAUAAGGACGACAACAACGCUGUUCAAUCAGUCCUCUCACCCUGCUCUCUCACCCCAGACUUCGAUCUUUGCCCUGAUCUCAAACAAAAACAGAUAGAAGAUUUGGAGCAAAGGUAUGGUGGUCCACUUAUUUCCCGCCGUGCCGCCUGUAAGAUCCAGAUGGCGUUCCGUCAGUACCAGCUUAGUAAGAACUUCCAAAAAAUCUGUAACUCAGUUCUGGAGAGCGGUAUUCCACGACGCAUGUCUGUACGCAGAGUACGGGUACAGAGAGAUGGUUUCUCAGCUGAACGUGCAUUAAUGGAGGAAUGCUCUCUAAUGGGCAUCCCACUCACACACUCCAGCUCCAUGCCUGUAACAGCCAACACACUUACAAACCUGGAGGACAGCUUCAGUGAACAGGUGCAGUCACUGGCACGUUCAAUAGAUGAGGCUCUGAGCAGCUGGAAAUCUGUGCAUGAUGGGGAAGGUAAUGGAACUUUAGUGGCUGAGUCUCCAGAACAGGGUACAGAGGGGCUUCUGAUGAACGCUGCUGCUCUUCAGGAGGCCACACAGAAUGCCUGUAGUGAAAAUAUGCCUCGCAGUGCCAGUAAGCUCAUGAUGGCCUUCAGAGAUGUGACAGUACAGAUCGACAACCAUAACUUUCGUGUGUCCUCCUCUGUGGUAGAGUCAGUUUCUCUUGGCAACGGCAUCUCCAAGGAAACCAGUUCAGAGAUUCAGCCUGGGGUGCAAAGUAGAGGACAAUCAGAAUCCACUACAGCUGAGCCUGAGUUCCCAGACCCACCCCCAAAUGAAGAAUUAACACAAGAUCAGCAGCACACUGUAGACGAAGCAAUAUGUGAACAAGCAGGCUGCGAGAAGCAACAGGCCAAUCAAAGCAUGUCAGAAAACAGCUCAGAACCAAUCAGCAGCAGUAGCACAUCCACCUCGGCUUGUGAGACCAUGAUUCUCUCUUUGCCCCGCACACACUGCCCUGACACGUUUUGUGGAACGCUUUCCACUGAUGUUGCACGCAAACGGCUGUACCGCAUCGGGCUGAACCUGUUUAACAUAAACCCAGACAAAGGCAUCCAGUUUCUGAUAUCUCGUGGUUUCAUCCCUGACACAGCCAUAGGUGUGGCACACUUUCUGCUGCAGAGAAAAGGCUUAAGCCGACAGAUGAUUGGAGAGUUUCUGGGCAACAGCAAGAGGCAGUUCAACAGAGAUGUUCUAGACUGUGUGGUUGAUGAGAUGGAUUUCUCUAUGCUGGAGCUGGACGAGGCUCUCAGGAAGUUCCAGGCUCAUGUUCGUGUGCAGGGAGAGGCUCAGAAAGUUGAAAGACUAAUCGAGGCUUUUAGUCAGAGGUACUGUAUGUGUAAUCCUGAUGUAGUGCAGCAGUUCCAUAAUCCCGACACCAUCUUCAUCUUGGCCUUUGCCAUCGUCCUGCUAAACACUGACAUGUACAGUCCCAACAUCAAACCAGAGCGCAAGAUGCUCCUGGAAGAUUUUAUUCGCAACCUCCGAGGAGUGGAUGAUGGGGUGGAUAUCCCGCGAGAGAUGGUAGCUGGUAUUUAUGAACGUAUUCAGCAGCGUGAGCUCCGCUCCAAUGAGGACCACGUGACCUAUGUGUCUAGGGUGGAGCAGAGCAUUCAGGGCAUGAAGACUAUCCUGGCUGUGCCUCACCGGAGGCUUGUGUGCUGCAGUCGUCUGUAUGAAGUGACAGAUGUGAAUAAACCUCAGAAACAAGCAGCACAUCAGAGAGAAGUGUUCCUUUUUAACGAUCUGAUAGUGAUACUGAAGCUGUGUCCCAAGAAGAAGAGUGCUGCCACAUAUGUGUUCUGUAAAGCCAUGGGUCUCCUAGGAAUGCAGUUCCAUCUGUUUGAAAAUGAGUAUUACCCUCAUUGUAUUACCAUCUUGUCUCCAUUCUCCUCUGAGAAGAAGCAGGUGGUGAGCUUCUGCUCUCAAAGCUCUGAAGAACUGCUCAAAUUUGUAGAGGACCUCAGAGAAAGCAUCACUGAGGUGGCAGAGAUGGAACAGAUACGAAUUGAAUGGGAAUUAGAGAGACAGCAGAUGGUGAGGACUCUUUCUACUAAGAGCAAUGGCUCUCAGCUGGAGCUCCAUAAUCGACCAAUGUCCCCUGCAGGGGACCAGGAUUUUUAUGACAACACAGGAAACAAAACAGUUGAGGUGUCAAUUCACAACAGGCUCCGAACGUACCAGGUCAGCUCUCCGCCGGCUCCACCCAGUUCUCCACCUCAGCUGGCCAUCAUGCCUAGCCCUGCCUCUACUGCCACACCCAGCUCCGCCCACACCAUCGCCCCCGAGACGCUUAUCCAGUGCCAGCAGAUUGUCAAGGUGAUCGUCAUGGAUUCGGCAGGACAAGGGCAUGUGCAGACUUUCCUCAGCCAGAACCCUACACAACGGUUAAUCCAAUCAGCUGUCUCUACUCCAACCAGAUCACCAGAAAGUGGGGUAAAGCAGCCACCUCUUCCACCUCCACCGCCUCCUUAUCAUCACAAACACCAGUUCUGCCCUCCGACUCCGCCCCCUCCACCACACCUGCUCAGUCAGCGCAGGUACUCAAGUGGGACACGCAGUCUAGUCUGAACGAGCAGGCACACACAGAAUUCAAUAAUGAAAUAAGGCUGAAGAAUAUUGCUUUUUUACACACACAAACAAAUAUUCACAAUUCUUUUGUACUCAAACACCUGCUCAAAGGUCAACAUCUGUAUAAAUAAACAAAUCUCAUAA